UUGCUGAUGCCAACAGCAAAGGUAGUGUUAAUAUGUAGGUGCUUUGUUCCCAAUAUGCAAGUGGUCUUUUACAAAUAGAGCUGAUUUCAUAAUCCUCCCUCGCAUGCUUCUAACCAACUAUUUUUUGUUCUGUUCAGUCUUGAUGCACAUGUAUUUGGUCUUCUCUUCAUAACAAUAUUCCUCCUUUGCAUGCUUUUAACCAACUAUUUGUUUGUCUGCUCAGUCAUGAUGCACAUCUAAUUGGCCCUUUUUUCAAUGAAAGGUUCACUGAAUGUGGGAGCAGUUGCUGGUGGGGCAGUUGGAGCACUGGUGGUGGUUGUUCUGAUUGUCCUUGCCACUGCCCUCAUCUGCUGGAAACUCUCAUCGCGAUGCAACAAACUGUCAGGCUAUAGCAACCUGAGGCGGAGGCAACCAGGAGAGGCGGUGCACCUCUUCAGAGAUGAAGAUGAAGAAGCUGAAGAACCUCUCUACAGCACAAACCAAACCGACGAAGGUCCUUUUGAACUCUAACGCUGAGUGUUUGACAUUCAGCUUGCCGUUAUACGUGACUAUUGCUCAUAAUCAAUUUAUUGUUACUGAUAAUCACUCCAUGUCAUUUUGAACAAUAACCAUGUGCUUUCGUGCUUGGUAUAUAUAUACCAGUGUGUUUUUGUAUAAUAAGCACUGUACAUACAAUAAUGUAUAAUUAUGUGACUCUAAAUACGUGUAAAAACACAUGCGAAAU